CCUAUUAAACCUGAAAUCGUGGGAUGCUAAACUAAAGUUUUCCCCUUCUUCUAACCGUACAUACCCAUUUUAACCCCGAAUUCAGGGAAUGUUUUCUAAAUCCCAGCCAAUAGGAGGACUCAAAAUCUUUCUAACGCCGUAUACCGUAACCGAAUCCAACUUUUAAAACGCGAGAUUCUCAUUACAAAAGCCAUCUAUUGGAGGAAAAAUAAUGGAUUUCUGGUGAACUGACUAUACAAUGUGAAGAAAUGGAAUUAUCAGGAAAGUCGUGAAAACUCCCGUUUGUAUGAGCUACAUAAAAAUAAGUGUUAUAAAAAUGGCCGCUUUCCAGUUUACCUCGUUAAAUCUGCAAAUGGCACAAGAUUAUUUUUCUAAUUUAAAUCCAUUAGCUCAGCGUAUUGCAUCUGAUAUAACCACUACAAAGUCAUCAUAUGGCACGCUUUGGUAUACUUUGAAAGCAACUCAACAAAAUGAGAUCAUUAACGAAACUCUAAUAACACCUGAAAUUUCUUUGAAGUACUUGGAAACUAUGUCUCUGUCUGCUUCAUCGUUAUCAUCAAAUUCAUCUUCGUCUAUCUCAUCUUGUGCUAGUUUAAGUACAACAAGUGUCAAACAUAUUUUGCCGUCGUCUUCAAAGAGCAGAGGACAAAAUUAUUCACCCAAUUCAAAUAAUAGUAAAACAUCGAAUUCGUUAACUGAUAUAUUAUUGCAGACUCAAAAUUUAUUGUCCAACAAUUUGGUUGCACGCGCUAAACACACAAUACAAUCACAUCAACUUGGAAAAUUAAAACCUCCAUCGUCUCCACCGCCACUUCCUCCAACUACAAAGAAAAAAUUGACGAAAACCGAAAAUGCUGAAAAACAAAAAAACAAAUUAAAAACAAAUCAAGUAAAGGCUACCAAUGAGAAAACGAAUUAUAUUUAUGAUGGAAUCAACCUCCAUACAUAUACCGCUCAGAAAGUGGCUCUAAAAAUUAUUUAUGAUGAUGUAUUAGGGGCAUACCGCGAUGAACAUUCGCAACCUUUCAGUUAUCGCACAAAAUCACAGAUUGAUCUACAGAAGCAGUAUUAUGAAGCUGAUUUGGAUGACAUAAAUCUGAACACUAAUUUUGAUUAUAAAUGCCCUACUUCAAACGAGCCGAGAAAUGGAAAUUUGGCUGAAAAUGUAGCUCUAACUAAAAACUCUGAACGCUUACAAAAGGAGUUGAAGAGCACCUUUAAUAACCAUUUGGAGAUUUCUAGAAAAAAUAAACGACUAAUACCUCCAUCGCCAGAAGUAUUCAAGAUUCCACCUGCUAAGGCAACUCAAGCGCUUUCUUCACGAAAUUUUAAUACGUGUAAAAAUAAAUCGAGCAAAUAUUUGUUGAAAGAAAAUGUUGAAAAGCAUACAUCCGAAGACUCAUUAUUACUCGACUUCAAACCCAAACAAUCAAAUUUGAAUUAUGCCGUAUAUACAGAUGUCUACUUUGAACAAGGCGAAUCAGCCACACUAAUGCGCAAUUGCAGCCACAGCGGAAUUCUGAUGGCAUCCUCAAACUCGUCAACAACUACAUCCGAUGACGACGAACAUAAUAAUCACGAAUUUGAUGACGAAAAUGAUGAGGAAAAAACUUUGUGCGAAGAUAUCCGGCUUUUAGAGAACGAUUUAAUUUUACGUAGGGGAUUCGAUUUUCUGAAUAAUUGGUAAAGAAAUUUAAAUGAUAUAAAUAAGGCAAUGAACUAUUAUUAAGUGGAUAUGAUAUCAGACACAUCAUUGAAUUUAUUUUUUACUUUUAACUCUUUAGUCUGCAAAAGAAAAAAGCCAGUGUUUACAUAAAAGAGUUUCAAAACUAUCAUAUUUUACAAAGCUUAUAUUUCUGCUUCUACGCAAGCAGAUUUUUUUUUGCAGUUUUUAACAUCACUUUGUUUAAGAAAUUAUUGGUAUAUUUGCGUGCACAUAGUCAACAUUUUAAUUUUAAUUCCAUGAAAAGAAAAAAUGGUGUUAUAAUUAUUUGCACCGAUAUUAGUGAUAACGAAAUUAGACCUACGUACUGCUCAAUAUACACCAUAAACUUUUAUUGACAUUAAAUAUUUGAUAAAUGUGGCUGCAUAUGCUAGAUUUCGUAUAUUAUAUUAAUUGUGACGUAUUUACGUAGAUUUUAAAUGUUGCAAACAAUUAGUAAACAUUACCAUUGAUUCCAGAACAGCUAAUUUUUGGUGCAUGCACGACAUGUUGAUUACGUACUUUGUAGAUAUUAUAUUUAUAUAACAUAACAAAUAAAGGCAGCUGGGAUUAUCUAAAUUGUGGAACUAAAUAGUUAUAGGGAGAAAUGUUAUCAUUUAAUAUAUGCACAUAUAUUAAGACUCGGAGACGGCAGGACACCAAAUAACAUUAUCAUUAAAAUAUAAAAACAUCAUCGAAAAAAUAAUAGAAAUGAAGAAAA